UGAUAUAUGAUACAAGAGUAAAAUACAUCCCAAAUAAAAUCCUAUUUUGCCUUUCGUUUAGAAAAUAGAUCUUUGGGUCUUAAAUUCUUAAAUAUAAUAAACUCAAUAAAAACCUCGAAAUCAAUCAAUCAAUCCUGUCCGUAUCGCCCACCUCUCUCCUUCUCUGGUUUAUCAUUCAUUAAAUCAGUUUUAUUUGUAGGUCAAGCAUAUGGAUUCUAAAUCAGUUGAGGAUAUGAUAGAGGGCUCGUCAGGGUUCCAUUUUUCUGGGUUCCAUAUGGAUGGUUCGAAGUUAAACAAUAUUGAGAAGCCUACAACCACAUUGGCUAUUGAAAAUGUGCAUAAGCAGCCUUUUAUUAUUGGAGUUGCUGGGGGAGCAGCAUCUGGUAAGACUACAGUCUGCGAUAUGAUUAUUCAGCAACUUCAUGAUCAGCGUGUAGUAUUAGUUAAUCAGGAUUCCUUUUAUCACAAACUCACUGAAGAGGAACUUGCAACAGUUCAUGAAUACAACUUUGACCAUCCUGAUUCAUUUGAUACAGAGAAAUUAUUAGAUUCUAUGGAGAACUUGAGGCAUGGUCAAGCCGUAGAUAUUCCUAAUUAUGAUUUCAAGAGUUAUAAGAACAGUGUUUUUCCGGCAAGAAGGGUUAAUCCUUCGGAUGUUAUAAUCUUGGAAGGGAUACUCAUUUUUCAUGACCCUCGUGUCCGAGAGUUGAUGAACAUGAAAAUAUUUGUUGAUACAGAUGCUGAUGUACGAUUGGCAAGAAGAAUAAGGCGUGACACCGUUGAGAAGGGCAGAGAUAUUGGUGUUGUCCUUGAUCAGUAUUCAAAAUUUGUGAAGUCCGCUUUCGAUGACUUUAUACUUCCAACAAAGAAGUAUGCAGAUAUUAUCAUUCCCCGCGGAGGGGACAAUCAUGUAGCAAUUGAUUUGAUUGUGCAACAUAUUAGGACAAAGCUUGGCCAGCAUGAUCUCUGUAAAAUCUACCCAAACCUAUAUGUCAUUCAAUCAACUUUUCAGAUACGAGGCAUGCAUACCCUCAUUCGUGACUCUCAAACAACGAAACAUGACUUUGUUUUUUAUGCUGAUAGGUUGAUUCGUCUGGUUGUUGAACAUGGGCUGGGACAUCUGCCAUUUACAGAAAAGCAGGUGAUCACUCCAACUGGGUCUGUAUAUACUGGUGUGGAUUUCUGUAAGAGGUUAUGCGGUGUAUCAAUUAUUAGAAGUGGUGAGAGUAUGGAGAAUGCUUUGCGAGCAUGUUGCAAAGGGAUCAAGAUUGGCAAGAUUCUUAUUCAUAGGGAAGGUGAGGACAACGGUCAGCAGCUUAUUUAUGAAAAAUUACCACAAGACAUCUCAGAAAGGCAUGUGCUGCUACUGGAUCCUAUUCUCGGCACGGGCAAUACAGCUGUCAAAGCUAUUUCAUUACUUAUAAGAAAGGGUGUACCGGAAUCCAACAUCAUAUUUCUCAAUCUCAUAUCCGCACCUCAGGGUGUACAUGUGGUGUGCAAAAGCUUCCCAAGAGUAAAGAUUGUGACAUCUGAGAUUGAUAUUGGUUUAAACAAAGAAUUCCGUGUUAUCCCUGGUAUGGGUGAGUUCGGGGACCGAUAUUUUGGAACGGAUGAUGAUGACCUACAAGUGGUGCCCCCUUCUCAAUAGUCUAAUUCAAAGUCUUCCCCCUGGCGAAACUACUGUGAGCCGGAGAAUUCAACUGAGCAUGCUUUAGUACAUUUUGCGCUUCGCCUAAUCAUUUUUGAAACAGUUUUGACUUAAAUCAGACCUAGAGUCCCAUGGUUGAUUUCUUUUUUUGUCAUUGUUACUCAAACUUGGGUGGGAUGUGCCGGACAUGGAGAUGUUCAAUUCUUUUACAGUUUUUCCAAGCAUGGGAGAGUCAUAUCCUUAUAUCCAAGUUUGAAUACAUGUCAGAAAUAGGCGUCAGAUAUAAGUAGUACAAAAGAAAAAAAAAUUGAAGUGUCGGAACAAUAGAGUUGCCAUUUACGUAUCUUUAACAUCUGUUGAGAUAAUGCUUGAAAAUGAGUCUUAAAAUACCAGAAAGUUGGAAAGAGCUGACCUAGUAAAACCCUCACAUAGAAAACUACUUGCUUUUAUCUUUUCCAUCGUACUAGGGGGAGUGGCUGAAGGAGGUCCCAACUUAAUAAAUGAUUCAGCAGCCUCCCCAAUAUGUUGUGUAUUUAUAAACCACAAAUUUUCACUUCGAUAUAAUGAAAUUUCAUUUUAGAUUUUGAGGUUA